AUGAAGAAGAAGAAAAAUAAGGGGUGUGAAGUUACUGAGGCUUACAUCAAUGAAGGUUUGGAAAAAAGGGAACUACAUGUGGACCCUGGUGAGGAUGGCAGUGGAGAUGCAAUGAUGAAUCUUGAAAAGAAAAGGAAGAAAAGCAAGAACAAGAACCGGGAGUUGAAUAGGACCGAGAGGAACAAUGCUAAAGAAGUUCAGCAGAGUGAGGUUGAGCAAAAGCUGGAUGGAGAAAGUAAUUCCAAACAGGAGUGUACUGAAGAUAAUAUCAAGGAGAGGAAGAAGAAGAAAUCAAAAAGAAAACAUGAUGAAGUAGAUUUUGAGAGGGAGGGAGAGAAACAUAUAAAGGAGUCUGGGCAACAUAGUCAGAAUUUGGAAGCUGAUGAUGCAGGGAAGGUCAAAAGGAAGAAAAGGAAAAAGGAAAAAGAGAACAUCAAAGAUGACAAUUGGUCACGUGGCACUUCCGGUGAAGCUAUAAAUGACGAGGGUGAUUUUCCUUGUGUGCAACAAGAAUGCGUGCCAGAUAAUGUUGAAGGCAAAAUUGAGUCGAAUGAACAUGACGGCUGUGCUGCAGAAGAACUUGAGAGAAAGAAGGAAAGAAAGAAGAAAAAGAAAGAACAUUUGAAUGACUCUUCAUCUGCCGCUCAGCAAGAUAAUGCAGAAACUGACAACAAUGGGCAUAUGUGUACGGAUGAGAUGCAAAGUAAUGAGGUAAAACACGCAACCAAAAAGAAGAAGAAGAAGAAACAUACGCAAGUAAUGGUAGAUGGUUCUGAGGAAUUAAGAGAUAAUGGUGCUGCACAUGAGAAGAAAAGAAAAAUGACCAAACCAGUGGAGAAUGACUCAAGCGAUGCUACACCCAGAAAAAGUAAGAAGAAAGUGAGGUUUUCUAAUCACGUUGAAGUUUUCCCCUCUCCCGGCACUUCAGAUCCAGCAAAAGGGAACGUGGACCGAGACAAUCUAGUUAGAGGUAAGCGGUUCACUCCUGAAGAGGACGAGAUCGUCAAAGCUGCUGUUAAUGACUACAUACUGAGUCACAACUUAGGCGACGAAGGCCUGGACAUGGUCCUCAACUGUAGAAAGCACCCCAAGGCGAGGGGCUGUUGGAAAGAAAUCGGGUCUUCCAUGCCACACAGACCCACCUCUUCCGUCUACCAGCGUGCCCAGAUUCUAUUCCGCAGGUCUGAGAAUCGCAAAUGGACUGAGGAAGAGUGCGAGGAGGUCCUCAAGUUCUGUGAGGAGCACGGCAGGCAAUGGAGGAAGCUGGAGGACAAGCUCGGCAGGCACAGAAAACACGUGAAAGACACCUGGCGGAGGAUAAAAUUGGUGAACCGCAAGAAAGGGCACUGGUCUCAGGAAGAGUACCAGAAACUGUUUGACCUCGUGAACAUUGACCUGCAAGCGAAGCUUCAGGAAGAGAAGAAGUCCAUGUACGGGAUGCUGCGUGACAAUAUCUGCUGGACGGCAAUUAGUGAUGAGCUGUCAACCCGUGCUCAGGCGCUUUGCUGUCUCAAGUGGUACAACCAGCUGACCUCGUCCAUGGUGGCCCAGGGGAUGUGGGCCGACUCAGACGACUACAGGCUGAUUGGCGGGCUUUAUAGGUUGGAUGCGAGGUGCGUGGAGGAUGUGGAGUGGGAUAGUGUUGUGGAGGGAAGGGAUGGGGAUGCGUGCCGAAAGCGUUGGAAUCAGAUGGCUUUGCAUUUGGGGCGGAAUGGGAAUAAGUCGUUUGCCGAGCGGGUGGAGGUCUUGGCGCAGAGGUACUGCCCGUAUCUGCUGGAAGCGAGAGAGGCUUGGGACGCCAAACCAAGACUUCCAUGA